GAGGGGAGGCUGACAAUCGAAUAAACACUUGGAACUGAAGAGAACCGUUUUCAGAAGACAAAAACGUAAGGUGAUAUAUUUCCAUGUAUGUAUGCAUGAACUAAACAUUUUUUGCAUUGAAAGCUGAUUUCUGUAUUCAGUAAUUUAGUAAGUGUAUAUGAGAACAGUGCGCAUUGUAUAUGAACGGGUAGUGUCAAGCCGUCCGUCUUUUUUCUAAAGAGAAUGAGACGCAGACACAGUCUCCCAACAUAAGAUAUUACUAAGUUUACCUUGCCCAAGUUGCGUUAUGUACAUCGCUCUUUUAAGCGGAUGACAUGACGUCGGGUCUUAAUUUGUAAUGCAUGGUAUAUAUACUAUUGUCUUGCGUCUUCUUAGUAUAGAGAUCUUAUAAAUUAGGAAUAGCAUGAAUUUAUGUUUUCUGUAUAAUUAUACUUAAUUGGUUCUUUCGUCAAAUGUAUUUGAGUAUAAUUACCUAAUCAGGGAGACUACAUUUUACUAAAUCUAAAAUAAAACACACAGUCUGUACAAUUCAAUUUCAAAUAAAUUAGAGACACAAAUCACAAUCGAUAAAAUAUAAUUAGCCCACACUGGCGUUGUAUCUGUGAUGAAAUUCUCAAUGGUUUCUCCGUAAUGUUGUAUGAGAACAUAGACAGAAAUCUUUACACAUAUAACAUAUUUAGGAUAAACCAAUAAAAUUUCAAGAACCAACAGAAUUUAAGAUGCUUUUCAGAACAGCUUUUAGCCUCUGGUAUUUUGCAUCAUUUAUCUUAUUUCCCACGCAUCAAAUAACUUUGGAAAAUGUUCGGCACGCCGCACUGCAUGCACUCAUCAAAGGAACAAUUAAAGAUGCUGAAGACUUUGUAUCGUAAUUCUAUACAUCAAGUGUUUUCGUAUAACAAUUGAUUUCCUUUUAAGCAGGGGAAAUUAGUCGAAACACUUUGUGAUGCAAGUAAAUACUGAUGAUUAAAAACCAACAUUUCAAAGUCAUACGCACUCCAUUCUCAAUGUACAGGAGAAGAAGCCUUUUUGGGACGCCAUCUUCCCAAGUGGGGCAACACUGCCAACACAAUUGCAAAAAACAUCCUCAUCCGGCAAUGAGAAUACUUGUCCUUAUGAUUGUUACUCUAUAUUGCGUUUCCCCUACUUGUAAGAUGCGACUCGAACUACGGAAAGGCGUAGUCUUCUUCUCUCUGCCAGUGUAGGUAUUGCAAUCCUCUCAAUUCGCAGUUUUGCACUCUUCUAUCCCCGAGAAUGGGGUCGGCACGUUUUUGAAAUGCCGGGUUUUAUCAUUACCGUUUACUCGUUUAUUUCAGAAUCAUUGUUGUUAAGAUUGUUGGUUAAUAUUUCUCCAAUGUUUGAGUUGCUUGUGUAGACCAGGGCCUCUUAAGAAUGCGUACGUAGAAGGCCCAUCAAGAAAAAGGGAGCUUAUCAAACACAACAGGACCACUAUACACUCUAUCAGAAAGGGUUGUCCAUUACUGGACCCCUAGGAAAAGCAGUUUAUAGAGAAUAGACAGAGUAUAUUAUAGAUAAUAUAUAAGUCUGGUUUACACUAUCAAAGUUUCUGUGAUCACAGUAGGAAUUUUGCAUAGGUCAAAUCUUAAGUUUUGAAGGAUUUGUAAGAAAUGUUUGAGGGAACUGAUUCAGUGUUCAACAUUAAGUGAGUUUCCUCAAACAUUUCUUACAAUCCUUCAAAACUUAUAGAAUUUGCCCAUGCAAAAUUCCUACUGUGAUCACAGAAACUUUGUCAUCAGGCUUUACACAAUACCAGAAUUAAGAGGUUGUCCAUUAUUGGACCUCUAGGAAAAGCAGUUUACAGAGUAUAUGGAGCUAUACAGUACAAAUAAAGUUUGUCUAGUCAGUUGGUUUGAAAAAGUGGAUUGUUCAAAUGCACGAUCGAAAGUUCUCCAAAACAUUAUGAAUUCAUGGACUAACAAAGAUUGUUGUGUUUUGUUUUGUUGUGCUUAAUUCACAAAUCAUCCCACAUAUUGCCUUAUUUAGUAAAUUAUUUUAAUUGUGUGUUAAUGUCGCAAUACUUUUGUUACGCCCUCACUGAUGCGGUUCCUUAUCAAUAUAAAUAAUAAUAAAUUCAUUUUUGUUAUAUCUAGAGAAGUCAUGUUCCAUUUUCUGCUGCUCUUGCAGCUUGUGGUGUUGGUUGCUUCGCGUGCAAGGCAAGUAGCCACGUAUAGCCAAAACUACAGAGGCCGAUUAGCAGUAAGGUUAGGGUGUCGGAUAAGACAGGUGUGAAUCAGGAAUAUAGGGUUGGAAUUAGACUUAAGAUUAAGGUAAGAUUAUAGUUAGAUUCGAAUUUAGAUUAGGGUUAGAUUAAGAUUAGAUUAGGAUUAAGAUUAGAUUAGAUUUAAAUUAGGAUUAAGGUUAGGAUUGAGUAAUGGUUAAGAUCAGGGCAAGGUUUAAGACUGGGAUAAGGAGUUAGUUUGUUAAUAUAUAAAUUGUCCAACAAACGUUUUGUGUGUUUUAGGUUUCCUUUUGAUGAAGAAAUCUUUGAGGACUUAGUGUUUGAACAGAAUGAUCCAAAUUUGAACCCGGGCUUCAAUCUCGAUGGAUUUCGUCAAAAUCAACUUGACUUACAUAAUCAUUACCGCUCACUCCAUGGAGUGGCUCUGAUGAGUAGAGAUGCAACGUAGGUUUUGUCGUUAUUGAGUGAUCCAAUAUUGAAGAAUACAAACAAAUACAAUGUUAGAAACAAAUGCCUAACACAAUACAACGCACUGCAGUGCAAUAGAAUCCACACCAUAUACCACCCCAUAUUAUAUCAUACCAUACCAUACCGUAACAUGUCAUAACCAUAUUAUACUACACCAUACCAAAUCACAGCACACCAUACCACAUCAUAUUAUACCAUACCAUACAUAUCAUACUAUAUCACAACAUAUUAUACCACACCAUACCACACCACAGCACACCAUACCACAUCAUAUUAUACCAUACCAUACUAUAUCACAACAUAUUAUACCACACCGUACGUACCACAACACAGCACACCGUACCACAUCAUAUUAUACCAUACCAUACAUACCACACUAUACUACAACAUAUUAUACGACACCAUAGCACACCAUACCACAUCAUAUUAUACCAUACCAUACAUACCAUACUAUAUCACAACAUACCAUACCACACCAUACCAACCAUACUGCUUUAUUCUGCUCACAUGAUAAUACUGGAUACCUAGGGCGCUUUCCAUCAACACGGCCAGGCAGAUCAGAACGGUCAAAUUGUUGAACAGAACACAAAACAUUUGGGCUUCGGACCUAUCUGACCGGAAAAUUUAGAUAACGUUAGAAUAAGGUCCAUUUUCGCUACAUGUUUGAGAAACAUAGACCAGAUCUCUUUCCAUUGACACAGAGAAAACAAUUCGCGUCCCUAGUGAAGUACACUGAUCCAGUCCUUGGACUGGAUCAAAAUUAAUUCAGUCCUUGGACUGGAUCAAAAUUAAUUCACCUCACUAUAAGUAGUAAUUUAUUCGUGUGUGAUGUCAUUUCAAAUCCUCCAAUUCGGACUGGACUAGAUUAUUUCAAGUCCUCGCAUCUUGAUUCAGUCCUCGGCUUCGCCUCGAGCUUUAUCAAAUUGCGCGGAUUUGAAAUCUAGUCCGAUCAUCAUAGUCGGAUUUGGAAUAUUACAUACCAUACCAUACCAUACCAUACCAUACCAUACCACGCCAUAAUGACCAUACCAUACCUUACGAAUUCCUCAUAAACAUGAAAUUACAAUAAGCGAGAUAAUAUUACAGCGCUUUAAGUGAACAUUUUUCAACUACUUAGCCUAACAACUCAAGCUCAAGCGUAUGCAGAAACUUUGGCAGCUAAGAAUUCCGGACUGGAACAUUGUGCUAAUGUUGUCGACUGCGAUCCAGAUGGAGCUGGCGAAAACCUAGCAUUUGCAGGCGGCAGUACUUCAAGUGAAACCAACGCCACAAAAGCAUGGUAAGGGAAUGUCUUAAAGAAUACCUGGGUUUUAGGGUUUUACUAAAUGCUGUUUUACGGCGUUUUUGACACGUGCGUAUACGCAUGGAAAACUAUGAAUGGCAUUUAGAUCUCUGUGUCAUUUAUUAAUGAAGUUUAAUAUGUUGAAAUAACUGGCAACCAAAGCGCAAUUUUGCAAAACAACACACAGCAGACGGCAUUAUGUAGUGCUCGAACGGUUUAGAGGCUCCCGCUAACCUAAGUUUUACCUAUAGAGGAACAGGUGAACCUCUAGAUUGCAGAGGGAGUAACGCGGCUCUGUCUGCCCUGAUGGUAUAGGGACCACCGGCCACUGGUGACAGUAUGGGUACUCAAGACCUGACAGAGCAUGCAAAAACUGUAGGUUUUUCUAGAGGAACAGGUGAACCUCUAUAGAUAACAGGGGAACAGGUGAACCCCCGUUCAGGUCAGUCAGCUCGUUGAUGUUGAGUACUAGUUGAACUGGUGUUGGUCAGUUGGUAAAAGGUCGUAAAAGGUACUCUCACGAAAUGCCUUAUUAGGACACUUCACGUGGGGAAGUGUUAUCAAUGUGUAUUCGCUUAGUACUAAUUAACUAUUAAUUGUCCUUUUUUAUCAGGUACGAUGAGAUUUGGGAUUACAAUUUUUGCUAUAAAGGUUACGGAACCGGUAGUCAGAGACCAGGUCAAGAAAGCAAACAAGUCGGUCAUUUUACACAGGUAUACAUAUAUCUUGAUAAUAAUCAAUCAAUCAUGAUCUACUUUUGAGGAUGUUUUUCAAUCUCAGUCAGGCCUCGAAACAAUUCUGGAAGGUAUAACGGUCAAUCGGUCAUCAUGAGCGUGAUGACUCACAUCUUGUAGCAAGUCUGCCAACAAGUCAUGCUCCCCGAACAUGUUUUGAAUUUUGAGUCUCUGAAAUGGUCCUCAACAGUCUGUUUAACACCACUACAAGACACACUGCUUACAAAACAUAAUCUCUUCCCCGACAAAAUGCUAAUUUUUCCCCGAUAGGGGGGCUGUAGCUCCCCCUCUGGCGCAACCCUUGCCAGUGACCGGCGCAUAAUUCGAGGCCUGAAUUCUCAAUUAUUGUUAAUUAGGUUGUGUGGGAAAGAUCAACACUUCUUGGCAUAGGCUAUGCUCGAACUGCGGACAGAACUAGCGUUUAUGUCGUUGCACGAUAUAAACCCGCUGGAAAUGUUCAGGCUACUUUUAGAAAUUUCUAUCAAGAAAAUGUGAAAGUUCCUGCGUAUAUACUGGGCACGUUCCAAAACAAUUGUGACGGUAUGUCUUGUUUUAAUCUUCUAAGAAUGUGGCUAUUUAAAUAUUAUUAUAAGUUCCUGGUAGUGCAAUUUCAAAUGUUUAAGAAAUUAGGUUGUUUAAGAUCAUCACCACCACUACCAACACCACUAUCAUCGCCACUACCAUCUUCACCACCAUCUUCACCACCAUCUUCACCACUACCAUUAUCAUCAUCAUCACCACCAUCAUCACCACCAUCUUCACCACUACCAUUAUCAUCAUCAUCAUCAUCAUCACCAUCAUCACCACUACCAUCUUCACCACCAUCUUCACCACUACCAUUAUCAUCAUCACCACCAUCGUCACCAUCAUCACCACUACCAUCAUCCAUCACCCAUCAUCACCACAACACUAAAAUUUAAAAUAUUUGCUCAGAGCUUAACACAUUAAUGAAAAAACGAACCUUUCUCAUUUUUCUCCACCUAGGUACAAACGGUGGUCUCACGAAUUUCAUGGGACCAGGACCGUGCACACGUAGUUGUGGCGGAGGGAUUCAAUUCCUUACCAAGACGUGCACUAACCCCAAACCCUCCCUCAACGGAGCCGACUGCGUUGGUGAAACAAAACAACUUGCUGCUAGGGAAUGGUGCAACACUCACGUGAGUUUUAGGAGCUGUUUACACGAUUGUUGUAGAUUACCGGGACGGAUCACUAGGCACGAAAGUUCAAACGUUCGUUAAAAGAACUCAAAUGUUGCCGAGAAGAUUUCGUAGUUCAAGAAGAUUAUUAUUGCUGCUUGAACAACCUUUCAUUUACAAUUAUACUAUAAUCUAUCACCAGAAAAACAAUGUCAUUUUGCUGAAUCGUGCACAGUGACUUAUUUCAAUACACCAAAAUCAUCCUGCUUCACGCCUCAUCCCAGCAAAGCGGGAUCAUGAAAUCAGCCCCUUAAUUGGCAAUACAUAUAUUGUUUUGUUUUGUGGAACAAUUUUAUGUUUUCAGAUCCAUAAGUCCAGAUCUUCAUCAGAAUAUCAUAUUAUUUGAACUAACGAAGAUCUAAGUUCUUUGUACGUUUGCAUGGCGAUAAAACAUAUAAUAGUUUUGUUUUUAACGCAGAUCUAGUAUUUUCAUCAAGGGUGAUCUGAUGAAUGUAGUUUGUUCAGGCAUUUAUUUACUUAAACCAGAAUAGCGAAAACAUGUCUGAUAUUAUACCAGGAAGAAGUGCAUGAAAACACUAGAUUUGAGUGUCAAAACGUUGAGUCGUGACUCGUGAAUGUAAUUUGUUCGGGAAUUGCAUCAUUUACUUGAAACAGAGCAACAUGUUUGUAAUUAUACUUGGUUGUGGUGAACUGAUAAAAUUUUAACAUGCGCCCCUUAUUUUAUUUAGAGCUGUCCAGGAAACCAGCACCACCGUGAUUUACAAUGCGCUGCUCGCGGAUAUACAGCCCAACACACAAUUUUCGGAGGAUCAAGUAUGUAUUCCAUAAUUAUCAUAUAUAAUCAUGGAGCGAAAGGGAUUCAGCGAAAUAUUGCCCGAAGUAAAAGCCCCGAAGGAAAUAUCAUCACUGCGGAAUAUUGAUGAUAACAUAUUUCAAAAUCUGCUUCAUAAUUUAAAAAAUAGCUUUCUUUGAAGUUUUUAAUAAUUCAUCACUCCUCAGUAUAUAUAUUUUGUCGGCCAUCUUGUUUGCGUGAUUGCCGCGCGUGGUUUACGCGAAUCAUAUCACCCGGGCGAUAUGAUCAAAUCACCGCUACGUCAAAUACGAUGACGUAAGGCGUGAUUCGAUGAUCAAUUUCAUGCUCACGUGGCACAAACUUAGCUUUCUGAUUGGACACCUUGAAUUUGAGGUAUAAUAUACCAACAUCGUUCAUUGUAUUUGUACUUUUUCUUGUUUGAUGUUGGAUGAAAAUUUUGAAUAAAGUCGAACCCAAUAGGCAAUUCCAGCUUUUAAUUUAUGCGCGCAGGGGAGGAUGGGAAGUAAGGUAUCAUAUUGCUGAUUAUGCUGAAAAAAAAAAUGACGGCCGUGUUAACACGGAGUGAUAGCUUAUACUUGUAAAUAUUGAAAUAUUUCGGUUGUUUCGGUAGGUUUUUUUGAAAUGUUUCAGCAUAAUCAGCAAUAUGAUACCUUACUUCCCAUCACCCCCUGCGAGCAUAAUUAAAAGGUGGAAUGGCCAAUUCAACAUCUUCCAACAUAUUACCAAACAUAACGUUUAAACUGACACAACAGUUGCAUCCACCAACGUUGGAAUAUAUUGCGUCAACAUGCUGGACUGGAUUGAACGGGCGUUUGGAAACCACGAAAACUAAACUUGAUUCCAGCCGUCGUGUUCUUUCAGUGUUGGUGAUUGUAAGAUGGUGAUUGUGAUCAGAUGGUGGUGACGGUUAAGAGUUCGAAAUAAAAUUGAAAAAACUUUAGUAGUUAAAACCGUGCAUAUAGUGAACACUGUAUUCUUUUCCUUGUAUAGGCGAGUGCACUUUACACUGCUUACUGGGAGGUAACACAUAUACAAGUGCUGGAUUUGUUGAUGACGGAACACAUUGCAACUCAGACGCCGGAGCCUGCGUGAAUGGUUUAUGUCAAGCCAUGCCCAAAUAUGUUCCCGGCGCUCCACCUACGACCGCCGCACCCGAUACAACCACGAUGGAACCCGAUACCACCACGAGAGAACCAGAAACCACUACGACAGAGCCCGAGACGACCACGAUGGAACCCGAGACGACCACGAUGGAACCCGAGACGACCACGAUGGAACCCGAAACAACUACAAUGGAACCUGAAACAACUACGACGGAACCCGAAACAACUACGAUGGAACCCGAGACGACGACAGAACCCGAAACAACUACGACGGAACCUGAAACAACUACGACAGAACCCGAAACAACUACGACAGAACCCGAAACAACUACGACGGAACCAGAGACAACUACGAUGGAACCCGAAACAACCACGACGGAACGCGAAACAACUACGACAGAAGCCGAAACAACUACGACGGAACCAGAGACAACUACGACGGAACCCGAAACAACUACGACGGAACCCGAAACAACUACGACGGAACCCAAGACGACGACAGAACCCGAAACAACCACGACGGAACCCGAAACAACUACGACAGAACCCGAAACAACUACGACAGAACCCGAAACAACUACGACAGAACCCGAAACUACAACCACAAGAGCACCCGAGACCACUCCAUCACCAACUCCAGCGAGUAAGAAUCAUAUUUUGUUAUACGUCAACCUUCCUCAAAGGCCCACAACGCCACAGAAUACUAUGCAGAAGUCCAUCUCCAUUGUUUUUUGUGUAAGCGCUAUUUGUCAUGAUUCGUCACUCGGCAAGUUCCGUAAACAGAAGCAGUCACCCCCUGGAUGUGUGCCAUUUUAAAUAUUUCCAGGGGGUGACUGCUUCUGUUUACGGUACUUGCUGACGAAUCAUGACAAAUAGCGCUUACGCAAAAACCAAUGGAGAUGGACUUCUGUAUAGGAUUCUGUGACAACGCCGUGCAUUGUUACAACCCCUGGUUACAACCUGCAAGCACCUGCCUUGCAGGCUACGAGGAUUGUGGGAGGUGUUUCCACAAAACAGAUGAAUUAUAGUUAUUUUCUCUUACAAAAGGAACGUAUUAUUGUCAUUUUAGGAAGACGUGUGCGAGGUCGUCGUAAUACUAUUGCUGUGAUACGCAGGGUUAGUUUGAUCGUGACCAUACCAAGUGGAGGAUCUAAUAUAUUUCUGUACAAGAGACGGUACAGAAUAUUCCAUUUUGGUAAGAAAAUUUGUAUUCAGCAAAAACGCACAUCUGGUUCAAGGAAAUGAAGGCUGCGAUUUCUAGCAUUCCACUCCGUUAAUGCGGCUACUCGCGCUAAAUUUAAAAAACUAAAACGCCUGUGAACAUUGACACGGCAGAUGCCCUUUCAAGAGUGAUUUAUUUCCCACCUCGAAUGACACAUGCGCAACAUUGAGUUGGGGGAGCGGGGACUUAAGAAGCGCAACACGACUUAAGUGCUCAUUCAAUAACCCCAUCAAUUCCAGGUGAUCUGACGGUGAGCAAAAUAACUGGGACUAGCAACAGAAUAGAAAUCCAGUUUCGUACCUUUAAUCACUUUUCACGCCCCGAUUCUUUUGCGAAACUGUUUGAAACUUUGUGUCUGUGUCUUGCACAGGGAAAUGGAUAUCUGGGACAAAUUUGAAAUAGAAAUCUAAUAGCGUUAAUUGAGUAAUUUUAAACCACAAAUGGAUUUCUAUUUUACAAUUAGUGCCAGACCUUUUCCUAGAUCCGAGAUCACCUGGAUUCAAUCACAUUUCACGUGUGGUUAUACGCAUUUUGUGUUAUAUGGCAUUAAAAUUUAAACCCGACGACUUAACAUAUAUUUUCAUUUCCUGUCAUCUAGUUUAUCGUUUUAAGAAGGUGGAGAAUGGUAAAUACUCCAGGUGGCGUGCAUUACGAUGCAGUCCAUACCGACGGUCAUGCAGAAUCAGAGGUGGGGACAAACGCGUAGAAAGGUCACGAGUUGUGUGGACUAAACCAACACAGCUCUAUCAGUUCUAACCUGUUCUCUCUAUUAUCGUCCACUCAAGAAGAUUUUCCACGGACAGAAAAUUUUCCGAAAAUAUCAUUGUUACACCCGUUUUCAAAAUUACGCGACCUCCCUGAAAAAUACUCUUACUUCAAAUGUCAGUUUUAUGUCACAAAAACUGCUAAAAAUAGCAAACGUAAACAAACUGUCAAAAGACAUUUUAAACCGUAUUUAAUACCAAAACUGAACAAAAAGGAGUUAGAUAACUUAGAUAUACAAACUAAAGCACAAUACAAACCAUCACAACAGAAAUAUUUGCCGUGAAUAACUUUUAAAGUUUAAAAGAUAACAAUUUAUCCUGGAAUUUAGCUGUAAGUAUAAAACACGCGCGCUAGACUAUAACGGUGAUGUUAUGAUUUUAUUUGUGCUUAAAUUUUGCAAUAAUUUUCACUAAAAUAUCUUGAAAAUCAUUCUAAGCCUGUUUUUAUAAAACAUACAAAGCAUAAACAUCGACAAGGAACCGCAAAACUCAAAGUUUAAACUUCGUGACCGAAUGACAUAAAACUGACAUGUCAACUCGAGCAUUUUCGUCCUUGGUCGCGUAAUUUUGAAAACGGGUGUAAAAGUUGAAAAUUUUCAACUUCAAAAUUUUUUUCCCACGGAAAAUUUGUGUCGACCAAUCACGUUUUACAAAAUCUUCAUGGACCACCUUUUGAGCUAACUCAAGAAAAAAAUCGGAGUACAUUGAGAAAACAUAGGAUUUGAUUGGAAACAAUCUUCUCGCGUGUAACCAUGGAUUGCAAAAUAACAUUAUUGUUAUUUUACAUGGUGUAACUAAGGUUUAACUAAGGUGGAAUCAGGAAUGAAAUUCACAGAGAUAAUUCAAUUAUAUUUCAAUUCUUGUCUAGGUCCCAUUCCAGCGGGUUAUCAAGUCGAAAUUGGUGCGUACGCUUCCCGUGUUUGCAGGCGCGUCAGAAUCGGAGGCAGGUUGCGUCUACGAUGUAGUCGUCGUCGGCGUCGUUAUCGCGUGUCCGUCUACUAUCGAUACUACGUAUAAACAUCGCAGUCCAAAAGGUGGGUUUCGGUAAGCGUGGUACAAGGCUGUGAGGUGGAGAUCUACUGGGUGUCCAAAGAAGUCCACCUUUAGAAAUCAAUCUUGUGCGAUAUUAUACCUUUGGGAACUACCUCCUCCGCAGGCCAUACAGCCUGUAAUGAGUAUGCCCGUUCGCAGGUUAAAAUUUGAAAUCUGAGACGAAGCUGCUGUAAGCUUCCGAGACGAAGCUGCUGUUAAGUCAGGGUUAGGUUAGACGAAGCUUUCCAUUCGUUUCCCAUCAAUUUUAUAUUUUUGAAAGGCCUGCGGAGGAGGUAGCCUUUGGGAAUAUAAUUUAAUUGUAGCAUAUACAUCUGUCAAUUUUAUUUAUUUGCCUUCAAAUACAAAACUAUUACAUGUAAUGAAAAGAAUGAACAUAAUUUUCUCAUUCAGAUAACUGCAGAUCAGCAGAUUGACUAUACCAUCUGCUGCAGGAUAGUACUUGGUAAACUACCGGUUAUCAGAAUGAAAAAAUGGUAGUAGUUCCUCUCAUGCAGAUUGUAUUUGGAGGGAAAAAAAAUUGAGAGAUGAAGUUUUUUUUUCUUUUAUUAAAUGAACAUUUCUAAAAUUGACCAUCUCCUCUAGCCUGGUAUAAUGCUGACUGAAACCCACCAAUACUGAAACGUCACCAAGUUUUCUUUAUAUAUUCUUUGCAAUCACAGUAUAAUUGGAUUUUUAUAUGCAAGCACGACUGUUUUAAAUGAAUUCAUAAAGGCAUUGUGAAUGUCUUGCAAUAUGAUUAAUUGGGCGUUUUAUUCAUUUUUAUUAUUUGAGGGAUCUAUAUAUGUAAUCAUGCACGUUGGUAUCGCAAUAAAACUUUCAAACAUGGAAUGUGUGUUCAUUAUAUUUUUACUGUUUACAGUACUAGUCACACUCAUAGAUAUCUUAUAUACACUAGAUAGUGCAUCUAAUUAUUCUGCAAUUCAAAAAUUGUAGCCGUGAUUGCAGACUCAGGAUAUUCCCAUGAAACGAGAAGACUCGUAUGUUUUCUAUUUCUUAAACAUGAAACUUAAACAUUAAGUUAAACCUAUUCCAAAUACAUUUUCAAACUGUUCAAAUAAUGAAAGUUUAUAUUGCUGUUUUUUAAGCGUUUAUUAGCGAGUGGGAAACUCCAACAUGGCCGAGAUCUAUUCAAAUGGGGGUAACCGCUGGAAUAUUCUUGGCUUCAAUUUUACUAAAAGAGAUGCGCUAUCUAGUGUAUAUAAGAUAUCUAUGGUCACACUGCAGUAUGCGUUUGUACAUAAACAUAAUCUUGAACGUCUGUGCCAGUGUAGGUCGUGGGCCUCGUGGCAAUAAUAAGAAAGCUUCAGAUUGAUAGGGAUACAACUCCCUUAAAAGUACAAGGAGAACUUCAACGGGAACUAACUUCGUCGGGAACUAACUUCGCUCGAAAAGUCGAAGUUCUCCUUGAAUUAUCAGGUAGUUGCAUUCCUAUCACUCCGAGCUUUCUUCUUGCUGUCGUAGAACUCGUCGUUUAAAGGAUAUAGUAAUUAUCGCGCAAUUUUUACUGGUGCCGCUGACAGCCAGCCAUAAAUAUGAGUUACUCGACGUCACAAAAGAGGAAUAUAAAGAGAAUAAUACAUGGGUGCGCGGAAAUACCAGAUUUAUUUCGAGUGUUGAACAUGAUAUCUCACGAGUGAGCGCAGCGAACGAGUGAGAGGUAUCAUGCAUGAUCAACGCGAGAAAUAAAUCUGGUAUUUCCAAGCAUCCAUGUAUUUUUCUGUUUAUUAUAUAAACAAAACUCAGUGAAAAACAAUAAAACGUCCGUGGCAAUGCGUUUUACAACAAAUGAUAUUUUCACACGUAAAAAUAUCGUAUUUUUUACGUGUGUUUAAGUACGAUCUUUCUCAGUGGCCAAAAACUCUAUAUAACACUUAUGUUUAUAUAAUAAAAUGUAUUACUCAAUUAUCAGCGAUCAGCAACUUCGAACAUGUUAUUCUCCAUGCAACAAGUGCAUGUGUGUCAAGUGGUGAACCACUAUAGUACCUGUAAUUAAAGUCUGAAGGUGGCUCAAAAUAAGAACCGACUUUUAAGAUCUCGAUGUACAUAAACUCGCGUGCAGUUUCAUUUAACUCUAUGGCACAUAGCCCUAUCCUGGUUCUUCCUUUUAACCAUAUCUUUCCAGUGCUCCUCGCCAGAUUCCUCAGCAUGGUUACCAAUUUCAAUUUCACCAACGGUCAGAUCUUCAGACAAACUGUUGUGAGACUUCACUUUGAACGACAUGCUGUAUUCAGAGAUCGGGAUUUUAGGAUCGAUCUCGAAAACCAGAGGUUCGUUCCAAAUGGGCGACGUGGUUCGGCGUUUUAUGCUUGUCUUCUUGGUCUGAAUUGUUUUGAGAUUGAGUAGGAGUUUCACGAUUACAUAGGGAUCUA